CAUUCAUUGAGACAUCUCAACGUGCUCGGACUGCUACUACCAUGGCUGACAUCAUCUCCUUCGCUACAGCUUCCCUCGGCCGUGACCGGCCGGCACAGGCUAUACCGACAUUAAAACAUCAUCACGAGCAAUUCAAACCCCAUGAAAUUUACUUCACACUGAGUCUGGCGUUUGUUUCCUACUUGCUCGAUUAUUUUGACCGUCCCAGGUUGAUCCUAUUCGUCCUUUUGCUCUUCCUUCCAAUCACAUAACCCAUCAUGUCUAUGUCUAUCGAAGAUGGAAAGGUCUCACGGCAGCCAAGACCUGUUCCUAGUAUCCCAGAAAAUGUUCUCGACCAGUUCAGCAUGAAAGGGAAAGUUGUCGCCAUCACCGGUGCCUCAGACGGCAUCGGCUGGGCUGUCGCCGAAGCCAUUGCAGAAGCGGGCGGCAACGUGGCCUUGUGGUACAAUACCAACAAUGCCGCUGUGGCCAAGGGCGACGCACUAGCAAAGAAGCACCACAUCCGCGCAAAAGCGUACCAAGUCGAUGUUUCGAACCAUCAAGCGGUCCAGAAGACAGUGGAUGAUGUAGUGCGAGACUUUGACAAGCUUGACGUCUUCGUGGCGAACGCUGGGAUGGCGAUAUCGAAGCCGAUCACGGAGCAGAGCAUUGAGGAAUAUCACAAGCAGUACGAUGUGAACGUACACGGAGUCUUCUACUGCGCCAAAUACGCCGGCGCCAUCUUCAAGCGCCAGGGUUUCGGCAACCUAAUCAUCACAUCAAGCAUAUCUGCCCAUAUUGUCAACGUGCCCGUAGACCAGCCGGUGUACAACUCCACCAAAGCCGCCGUGAACCAUCUCGGCAAAAGCCUGGCUCGUGAAUGGCGCGAGUUUGCCCGUGUCAACGUCGUCUCGCCUGGCUUCUUCGACACGAAGAUGGGUGCUUCGCCGCUUUGUCUGAACGAGGCAUACCGAAUGACGCCAUUGGGUCGACAAGGCCACGUCAAGGAGAUCAAGGGAUUGUAUCUUUAUCUCGCUAGUGAUGCAUCAAGCUACCAGACCGGAAGCGACACUAUCAUCGAUGGUGGGUACGUACUUCCGUAACGCGCAGCAUGAAGCUGAAAUCGACCACGCAUGCAUCCAACCCGCGCAUAAGGGUGUGGUACGAUGAACCAUUCACGUGACUAUCCAAUUUGAGUCAGCAUGCGAGGUCAAAGCUUGCGCUUGUUCCUGCA